AUGCUUACAAUAGCCAUUGAUCAUAACGACUUAUUAGCUAAAUUAUCACACGAUCAUGUUAGUCGUAAAAAUAUAGAUGAGAGCGAUUUAUCCGUAUCAUUUCACAACAACACAGACAAGUCGCAUACAAGUCUGAAUGGAAGUUUUCUGUGGUUACAAUUAUACCUUGAAGUAUUGCUGCGAAUGGAACCGAGUGCAUCAGCAAAAGCUGAAUUAGUUCAAAUUUGCCGAAAACAUUAUCAAGGAAAUGAUCAAGAGUUGAUGAAAGUUGAAAAAUUUGAUCAAACUUAUGUGCCAAGCGAUGCUGUUACUUGGUACACACGAGAUUGCUUUAUAUACCGAUUGAUAAACAAAGCUCUACGAGUGCAGGACAUCAAUCUGUUGUUUGCAUUUCGAUUUCUGAUUCUCGAUAUAUUUAAUCAAUUACAAGUUGAGAAAAGUCGUCUUCGUCGCUCAUCAGGAAACAUUAUUCAGUGUUACCGGGGUCAAAUAAUAACCGAGGAAGAACUAAACCAAAUGAGAUCAAAUAUUGGUUGUUUUAUAUCAGUGAAUUCAUUCUUCUCAACAACACAAGAUAGGAACGUAGCAGUCGUGUUUGCUUCAAGCCUAGAUGAUAUAUAUGAAAAAGUUCUGUUUGAUAUCGAAGCAGAUAUGUGUCUAUUAAGAGCAAAGCCUUUCGCUGAUGUAACACAUUUAAGUAUUUUCGAUCAAGAAAAAGAAAUAUUGUUUAUGUGUGGUGCAAUAUUUCAGAUAAAGAAUAUUACUAAAAAUGAAGCAGAAAGUUUAUGGAUAAUUCAAUUGAAACUAUGCGAUGAUACAAAUAGCGCAUUAAAAGAGCUGUUCGAUUAUCAAAAACAAAAAAUGGCAGAAACAACUGAUUUGAUUUCAUUAGGAAAAUUGCUAAGAGAGAUGGGUGAGUUGACCAAAGCUAAGCAAUACUAUGAAAAAAGUCUCAGGGAGCUUCCCUUGAAUAAUUCAAAGAUCUCAAUUUGUUAUUACGGGCUAGGAGUUGUUCUGGAUCGAGAAUGUAAUUAUGAUGAUGCCUUUGAUUAUUUCAGAAAGGCUUUAGAUUUUGAAACGAAUGUUUUAUCAUCAAGCAAUACUGCGUUUAUGGGUAAAAUCUAUGGAAGUAUUGGGAUUGUCUAUUAUAAUAAACAUUGCUAUGGUUUAGCACUAGAAUAUCUGAUGAAAUCCUUCAAUAUUCUCUUAGAUACAGUCGGUUAUGACCAUGGUGAUACAGCAAUGGUUUUUACAAAUCUAGGCAGAGCUUAUCAAGCUGAGAAAAAUUAUGAUUUAGCGCUACAAAAUCACGUAAAUGCGUUGAAUAUAAAACUAAAAAUACUACCGCCUGAUCAUCCUCGGCUCGCAAGAUCCUACGUGUUUAUUGGAAAUGUGUACGCUGAUAAACAAGAAUUCGAUCUGGCUUUCGCUAACUAUCAAAACGCGCUUAAUAUACAGCUAAAAUCUUUGCCUGAUAGUAGCAUUAGCAUUGGAGUUACCUUUCAUCGUAUUGGACAAGUUUGUGUAAAGACAGGAGAAUAUCAAUCAGCUGUAGAAAACUUCCGUAGAGCUGAUCAUAUCUAUAAACUCUCACUUCCGUCAAAUCAUCAGCGUUUACUUCAGCUAAAACUCGACUGUGCAACGUUAGAAGACCAUAUGACACAAUCAUAA